AUGAAGUUUGGGCAAUAUGCCCUCCUGCUAUCCGUUGCCCUAGCUAGGCAACUGACGAUUCGCAGCGUUGGAAAGGACGUGUCAGAAGCGACUACCGUUCAGUCAUGCGACAAUUUACGGUGCCCCAGAGCGUGGCUACCGAAACUCAAUCACCACACCUUGACCGGCAACAGGGUGGAGGAUUGUUGUGAGAAGUCCUGCAAGCUCUUUACAUGCACAGGAAUCUACCGUACCAAUCCGGCCUACUGGGACAACGUCGGGAACUCCCCUCAGGUGUGCUGCGACCAAACGUGCGGGUCCGAUUUCGAGUGUGAUGCAGGAUACGUUUUAGCAGAUGCAACGGCCCCUGGCGUGAGCAAGGAGGAGUGCUGCAAGCCCAAGUGCGAGCUCUUCAGCUGCGAAGCACCUUGGGCACCGAGCGUUGCGAAGAAGGACGUGGUCUCCAGCGCUGCUGAGGAUUGCUGUGACCAAACAUGUGCGGCUGUGAACUGCUCUGCCUCGGGUUGGGCUGUGAAUGAGAGCAAGGCUCUCGUUGUUGGCAGCUCUGUCCAGGAUUGCUGCACGCCGACGUGCAGCAACACUGCGCAGGUGACAUGCCCCACCGGCUUUGCCGUGAAGCCAGAAGACGUGAACAAGACGGAGGGAUGCUGCCAGAAACAGUGCAAAGCGCACAAAUGCAGCGAUGGCUGGACAGAUGACGACUCUAAGGCCGAUGACUUUGCCGACUCUGAUGAGGCUUGCUGCGUGAAGACCUGCAAGCAGUUUGAGUGCCCUGCGGAAGACGGUUGGGCACCAUGGGAGUCUGUGGCAAACGACAUCGGCAACAACGUCACGCAGUGUUGCCUUCCCACAUGCAAGCAGUUCACCUGCAACGCAACGGAGGGCUGGCUUCCAGCUCCCAAAAAUGGCAAGGACAAUGUAGUCGGUUCAACCAGCAGCGCUUGCUGCGUUCCGGCUUGCAGCAGCUACAGCUGCAGCCCGGACAAGGGGCUCAUGCAAAUCCCUGAUGCCGCGAAGAUUCCUGGCGCAAGCGACGAGCUCUGCUGUGAAAGCGCCAAGUGUGACAGAGUGAGAAAGAACAUGACCGAGCUGGGCAAGGACGAGUACUGCAACAGUCUAUCGGCAGAUGACUGCGAGAAGAAGUUUAUCAAGUACAAGUCCAAGACCGAGGUCAAGGCCUCGAACGGCAAGGUCGCGGCCACGGCCAAAUCGACCCACAUUGUGUCGUGCACCUACAACACAACCUACCAGCUUUGCCGCUAUGACACGGACCGAGAAAUCAAGGGCGGCUGCAGUGGUGUCUGA